ACCGACACCAGAUAUUUAAUCCUAGAUAACUCCAAUCGUCGUUUAUCACAACCUGUACAGAUAACAGCCUUGCACAAGAGCAUCUUCGCUUUAGUGAAGGAAAGGACACAGAUAGAGGACACCGUUCGACAUCCUGUAAAAAAGGAGCUUUUUUUUUUUUACAUUUCGGGUUAUAUUUUCUCAUUCUCCACCCUCUUUAGUGCAUUUCGGAUUUUAAUCUCCGUGCAAUAAAAAAAUCCUUAUAAUUUUGUUUUAUUUUAGUAAUUUAUAAAGAGAUCCGGAAAAUCCGGUAGCCUACGUCACCGACGUAACCUCUCGCGUUACGUAACACCGAGGAGCGCAACCGUGCGCCAAAUCCCUCAUGUCAAGACGCACACCUAUGAAGCACUGUGUUCAUUACAGGAUCUGAAGAAGAACCGCAUAUCUAGUCUUGUAACAUCUAUUUGUAGACAUUUAUAUAGGCUGGUUGGUUUGCGUGUAGUAUUUUUUUGUCGGACAACAGCCUAUGUUCUUGCUCCGCCGGUUCAUUCCUUAGUGCGAAACGGAUUGGUGAAGAAAAAAAAACAUGUCGGGCCAAACGCUGACGGACCGCAUCGCCGCCGCGCAGUACCAGCUCACCGGCUCGGACGUGGCUCGGGCUGUGUGUAAAGCUACCACACACGAGGUGAUGGCGCCUAAGAAGAAACACCUGGAAUAUCUGAUCUCCGCCACCAACGAGACCAACGUGAACAUCCCACAGAUGGCUGACACUUUGUUCGAGAGGGCCAUGAAUGCCAGCUGGGUGGUCGUCUUCAAAGCGCUCGUCACCACACACCACAUGUGUAUCCACGGCAAUGAGAGGUUUAUCCAGUACCUGGCCUCCAGGAACUCGCUGUUCAACCUCAGCAAUUUUAUCGACAAAACCGGGACUCAUGGCUACGACAUGUCCACAUUUAUCAGACGAUAUGCACGCUACCUCAAUGAGAAAGCGUACGCUUACCGUGCAAUGGCCUUCGAUUUCACUCGAGUCAAGAAAGGUGCUGAUGGAGUAAUGAGGACUAUGGCUCCUGAGAAACUGCUAAAGGCUAUGCCGGCUCUGCAGACCCAAGUGGACACACUACUGGAGUUUGAUGUUCAUCCCAAAGACUUGAACAAUGGCAUCAUCAAUGCAGCUUUCAUGCUUCUCUUCAAGGACCUGAUUAAACUCUUUGCCUCUUACAAUGAUGGAAUCAUCAAUUUAUUAGAGAAAUAUUUCAAAAUGAAGAAAUCUGACUGCAAAGAGUCGCUUGAGAUCUACAAGAAGUUUCUGACCCGAGUAACUAAGAUUUCAGAGUUUAUGAAAAUCGCAGAGCAAGUUGGUGUGGACAAAAAUGACAUUCCUGACAUAUCAUAUGCCCCCAGCAGUAUUCUGGAGUCUCUGGAGACACACAUGAACAGCCUAGAGGGGAAGAAAGGAGAGGGGUCUCCGACAAAGGGAUCACCCACCAACAACGUCUCUCCGACCUCCACUCCCUCCAAAUCUGGAGCCUCUGUGCCUACCCUGGAGCCGCCGCCCACCGAGGCUGCGGCAGCAUCUGCGUCUGCAUCUGCUGCGUCUGCUCCGGCUGAGCCUGCAACCGAUUCUUUGCUGGACUUGGAUCCAUUGUCUUCUUCAGGGCCACCUGCUUCAUCUGCUCCAACAUCUUGGGGAGAUCUUUUGGGGUCAGAAUUCGGUUCCCUCACUACGGAGACUCUGCUCCCUGACUCCACCCCUGCCGUAGACUCUGCCUCUCCUGCGACAGCUGUAUCUAGUGCCCCAGCUGGCGAAGGAGCUGCCUCUGUAGCCCCUCCCUCUACCACCGCUGGCCCGACCCCGAGCUCGGCGGAUCUCCUAGGAGAUGCAUUUGGAAGCUCUGCAGCUGAACCAGCUCCCGCUGUGGAAACGGGGGGUUCAGCCACUGUGACCGCUCCUGCUGCUGAUGCUUCUGCUUCAAAUGACUCUGCAGGUGCAGCCAAUUGCCAAGCCACAGCUCCAGCACCAGCAACAUCUGCAGGAGGAGAUCUAAUGGGAGCGUUCGGUGGCUUGGGGGAUAUGCUCAUGCCCGCCAUGGCCCCUCAACCAGCUGCAGCCGCUCCCAUGGCAGCCUCACCAGUUAAACCAGUGGGAGGGGAUCUGGACUCUACCAUGGCCAGUUUAGCUGGAAAUCUAGGAAUGGGGACCCAGAAACCGGGUGAAGCAGCAGGAGGGGCGAAUUGGCAAGCACAGCCCGGUGCGACAGGUGCCGCUCCCAUGAUGUUCCCCCAGCAGCCUAUGAUGAGACCGCAGUUUCCUGCUGCAGGAGCACCGGGUGCGCCGAUGUCCUCUGGAAUGACUCAGAGCCCCAGAAAGCCUCCUCCUCCCAAAGAUCCCCUUGCCGACCUGAACAUCAAGGACUUCCUAUAGGUCACCAUCAGAAGCACAGAGAGGCAGCAAGGCAGCGACCCUGAGGAAAUGGAUGUGUGCAUUUCUAUUCAGAUCAGUAUCCUCAGGACCUCCUUCAAUCCCUCCUUCUCUCUCUCUCUCUCUCUCUUUCUCUCUCUCUCUCUCUCUCUUCCUCUCUCUUUCUGUCUAAUGUUGUAUUACAACCUGUGAAAGUGAUAAUGUAUAUGUGUGUGUGCGUAUUUUAAUGUUUCCAGGCUAUAUUUAAAAAAAAAAAAAAAAAGGUAUUGAUGGAUGCAUCCUCCCUUGUACAUCCACGUCUGCGGAUGUGUAUUCCUUUUUUUUUUUCCUGCCUUGUUUUUUUUUUCUCUUGUGAGGAACCCAAUCAGCUGUGUAAUGUUUUCUGUGGAGAAAAAUAAUGUGUUUGGUGUGGUACAUAUCACUGGGCUCACUGGAUCCAUUGUUGUCAUUGAAGUAUUAGUUGUCUAGCUUUUAGCCAUUCAGCUUCUGGGACCACAGGAAUGAACAUAGCAUUAACGGACGUACUAAGGUUUGUGUAGCAUCUCCGUUCUGUUCACUGAUGACCUGCUUUUCUUCCUCUUCUCUCAGUGACUCGUGACUCGCAACACUGAACAAGGCCUAUUAACAAACAAUAUGCAUUUGGAAUAUUUUAUCCUUAAUCUUUAUUUUGAGAUAAAAGAAUCUAUUUUAGUUAUGGUGAAAGUACUUUAUGUAUUAAAUGAGGUGGUAUAAAAGAUUUCCGGUUGUACAAAUCCAUGUAUUCCUGCCACCUGGAUGCAAUCUAGCUCUGUUUAAUAGCACCUUGUAGUGAAUCGUGGUAGAACACAACAUUUCCUUGGAUCUAAAACCUUAGCAAGAUGGUAAGAGAUUUACAAAUUACAACUACAAAACCGCAACUCUUGGUUUUAUUUAUUUACCGGUCUAUAAUAAGGACUAAACUGGCUUUAUGGUGUUUCGAUCCAUUGCAGUAAGGAAACGUGGAGGAAAAAAAAAAAAACCUGGUUGGUAGAAUGUUAUAUUAACAGUGGAUGUGCUGGUUAGUUUUGUUUUUCUUUUUUUGCUGGAUCUGAAUUUGGAUGUAAUAACCCCUUCUCUGUCCCAAUACUCUUCUGUGCAUGUAAGUCCUGUAGAAAUGCAAUAAAAAGUU